AUGGCUCAAAUCGCCCUGCCACGACACCAGAGCACUCAGUCGCAGUCUGUGGGCAUAGGCGCGCCGCUCUACCAGCGCCGCCAGCACUCUACUGCUGGGCCUGUCGAACUGAUUCCAAACCCAGACUUCUCGUUUCCCAUGCGUGCCUCAGAUGAUACUAGUCAUUCAGCGCCACAGACAAGUACACGUCCAAUGUCGCUACAAGCCUAUCCAGCAGGUCGCCGUCAAUCAAUGCCACACCAGCGGCAGAAAUCUGUCAGCGCCCUACCCGCCUUCUCCUUCAACCCAGCAGGUGCACCGCAACCAGACAAAACACCGUCUCCUCCGCGAUCACCAAAUCUCCUGCCUCCAUCGCCCACGAAACCAAUUCAUGGCCAUCGACGUGGUGGCAGCGAAUUGAUUGGCGGUGACGUGCGGCCUGGUGGCUCGACACUGGUGAGCACCAGUCCCACCAAGGGCGAUGGCUUUCCGGCUACACCGAACAAUGCCCUACGACCCGGUCCUCCAGCAGGUCGUCGAGGACACGCCCACCGCCGUUCGGGUGCCAUAUCAUCACAUGAUCUGACUACCAUCAUGACGCCUCCAGCUCCGUCGCGAACUGGUAGCGCUCCCAACACGCCGGCUGAGGGCAACCAAUUCGCCUUGGGCCAUUCGGUCAAUAGAUCCAUCUCGCAACCGUCUCUACGAGGUCCUAGUACAGAGAACGAGUCCAAUGCGCGGCCGCCUUCGAGGGCACGUGUAGGAUUUGCUGAUAGAGUAGAGUACAUUCGGCCACUUUCGACCAUAUCCUCUGAAACGGAGACAUCGCUUUCGACAUUUCGCGGCCACUCAGCAACCAAUAGCCUCUCGUCUAUCGUGGGCGGUAACACUCCACAGCCUCCAAGGGCGGGUCGGCCAUCACUGAGCACAGUCGAAGAUGAGAGUCGGCCUAGCACCGCUGGAGCCGUCCUGGAUAGCUUCAUGAGCAGCCCUGCAAAUGGAGGGCCUUCAGACCGAAAACGGCCCAUGUCUGCCGUCUCGCCCACCUCUCCCACUACUCCUGUAACUCGCGUUCCUGUGAAGCGCCGAGGCUUCUUCCGCUUGGAGUCUCGCCGCAGUGAUCAUGCUGUACACACCCUUCCCACUAGCGUGUCUGAUCCAGCUCUGUCAAAAUUCUCCGAGACACCGCUUGUCUCGCCAACUGCCGAUGAAGACUCAACCGAAUUGAAAGAAAAGAUCAAAUCUCCUCGAAAAGCUACUCGGAGGCCGCGAAAAGUCAAGUCCUGGGCGAACUCGAUUCUACCACGAAAGUCGAAGCACAGCAAGAAGUCAAAGGCGAGAGUACCAACUCCACCCGUAGGACCAAUUUCGGAUGAUGAGGAUACAGAUACAUCUGACGACAUCGACUUUGUGCCCAAUUUUGACGAGGACACGACUGUCACAAUCGUCUCUCCGACCCAGGCUGCGGCCCCAGAGCUCAAGGUGGAUACCAGCUAUGCUUCGUGGCAGCCACGACAACUUAAGCGUGUCGACUCCGACGUCAUGAGUCCAAUAAUUGACCUGGAUGCUGCACUUGGCCCCUUCAACACACCGGAUGGGUCAAGCCCCCGACUCCAACAGCGUGGAUUUUCAGCGAACAGGCGGGUUCUCCACAGUGCCAGUGGACUUGCGCCCUCACACCGGAGAACUGAAAGCGCUCCUGAGCUAGUACCUUUUGAAUACCGUCCCUCAACAGCUACCAAGGCUGCCCCCAUGGCUGAUGUGUUUGAGGAGGAGGAGCCAGAGGACGAACCAGUCACGCCUGAGAAGGAUCUAAAGCGGACUUCACUUGCCGAAGAGACGCAAGAACCGAAGAUUUCCGUAGUCGAAGUAGAUGGAAAGCAGCCAGAAGCCGGCAUGAACUGGAACUUCAACGAUGGCCUUGGGAUUCAGCGCGAUGAGGCGCCCACGAUGGAUUACUCUGAGCCCUUGGCACCACGCGCCAUACCAGAGCAUACAGCAAGUGGUGUGGAGCUGCAGCGAUCACCUGAGCUUGAACCUGUCGAAGUCGUGGAAGAUUUUGAAGAGCCCCGAACAUCGUCUUUGACGCAUUCUUCCGAUUCGACCAUAACGCCCCAACCAACAAGCGAGGACUCGAAAGCACACUCUCCUGCGAUCAACCUGUCACUCCAGCUCACACAGCAAAACGUGAUGACUCCGGACACUGUCACAUCCUCAUUCCCAUCGCCAGGCUAUUCGUUCGAGACUCCUCGGGCAGGGACAUCAGCUUCUUCAAUGACUGAUUAUCCUAAUAUGCCAUCACCACGCUUUGGAGAACCUGGACCAGAGCUUCGCAUUUCAGUAGACGAUGUUCCGUCUCUGACUUCAUCACGGUCGACCAUGACUAGCGCUCUGCAGAAUGCUUUUCCACUUGCCAGUCCUCGCAGAAUUGGUGAUCGUACGGCAUCUCUUUGCUCCGAUCCUAGCGAACUUGAGAUUCGUCGCCGUAAACGAUCUAGCAUCGCCAGUCUAUCUCGACUAAUACAUGGCUCAUCACAUAGUGAGAGGAGCAAGCUUUCUAUCGAACAGCGCCCACAGUCAGAACAUCUGGAGCCAGCGAGAGAAAAGAAGAAGAAUAACCGGCUGAGCAAGUUGAAGUUUUGGAAGUCUUCCAGGGACUCUUCUACGACAAGAACUUGA